AUGGCGGCGGCUUUUGUGAAACAAUGCAGGAGAAGGGGAGGCAGAGAGGACAGGGGGACGACGGCGGGAGAAAGCGGAGCAGGGCGUGGCUGGUCACUGGAGAGCACUCGUCGUAUGCUGCAGCUGGUGGAAGAGAGCAAAGAUGCUGGCAUCAGGACUCUGGUCAUGCUGGACGAGCAGGGAGAGCAACUGGAGCGCAUCGAGGAGGGAAUGGACCAAAUCAAUAAGGACAUGAAGGAUGCAGAAAAGAAUUUGAACGAUCUAGGGAAAUUCUGUGGUCUUUGCUCCUGUCCAUGUAACAAGAUGAAGAGUGGAGCCAGCAAGGCCUGGGGGAACAACCAGGACGGCGUCGUGGCCAGCCAGCCCGCCCGCGUGGUGGAUGAACGCGAACAGAUGGCCAUCAGCGGUGGCUUCAUCCGCAGGGUAACAGAGGAUGCCCGGGAAAACGAAAUGGAUGAGAAUCUCGAGCAGGUCGGUGGCAUCAUCGGUAACCUGCGCCACAUGGCACUGGACAUGGGCAAUGAGAUUGACACCCAGAACCGCCAGAUCGACAGGAUCAUGGAGAAGGCUGAUUCUAACAAGACCAGGAUUGAUGAGGCCAACCAGCGUGCCACAAAGAUGCUGGGCAGUGGCUAAACACCACGGGUCCUGGCGCGCGAUGGUCCCCCGGGCGUCCCGCGCCGCACAUCUACAGGCGCUGACAUGCUUUCAUCUCGGUAUUCGACCUUCUCGGUUUGCACACAUGCACAUAUCACCUCCCCCUCCCCAUUGUAAAUGUUGUUCUGUGUGGUCGUCUGUCGAGCUUUUUCAAGAUGAUUGUCUUCGUAAAAAGAUGAUUUCUUAUACUCCGUAUAUCAUUCUUUCCAAAGGUUGUAUAUAGUGCUGACUUGAUGGCUCUCUAGCUUACCUGUGAAGUUUUUAUUCUCUUUAUGGAAAAAGAAAAAAAAAACAUAUAUAUAUAUAUAUAUAUCAUAUAUUAUUACAUAUCAUAUAUAAUAUAUAUAUAUAAAAUACACUGCUCUGGAUGACAAAUAUAUAAUAGGAAUGCUAAACAAAAGCUGUUUGUUUUUAAUUCUCUUUCCUUUCCGGUAUCUCAGUAUCGUCCUAGUAAAACUGUGUCAUUCCAUUAAGGCUAACGUCAUGCUCCUUAUUUUCGGUGUUGUUACGACAAACGCGGGAGAGGAAAGAUGGGAGCGAACACGCGAGCGAAAACGCAACAGGUGACGGGACGCAAAGGAACGCGAACGGAAAAGAGCACUUACAAUCAAAAGGGCAGUCGUCGUCAUUUUUUAUUUUUUAUUUUUUUUUUUUUACGUUCACCGCGGUCGUGCUGUUCACGUUGAGUUACUGUUUAGACAAAUGUGCAACUAGACUCUCUGUAGCUGUAUUAGACAUUGCAUUUCAAGUGACGUGAAUUGUGCGUUCUCUGCAUGACCAAUGGUAGAUUUUAGUCUUCUAAAUAAAACUCGUCUGAAAAAAAAAAAUUUAUAUACAAAGAAAAACGAUAACGCGGCAGUAGCAGAUCGACAAAACGCAUGCUCAGUAUUAGGACACAAUUGAUCGUUCCAUACUCCUGCAAGUUCGCAAUAGUGCCACUCUUUCUGUCUCGAUAUAUUUACCGACUGUGACCAUCUUGUUGUACAAUAAUGCAAAAGGGAUUUAAAAAAAAAACAAACAGACAAAAAAAAAACAAAACAAACCAAUGACGAAUCAAAGAUGAAACAUACGAGGACUUUGGGUUGUAUUGCAAAAAAAAAAAACAACAAACAAAAAAAAAAUGACCUGUUUUCUAAACGAUUAUGCAGUUUAGUGAUGAAGAUGUUGAUUAUGUGCUGAAAGAGAAGGACUGGUUGUGUACUGUAACAUAGGUUUUGGAUGCUCUGAAAAAAAAAA